AUGGCGGGUGCCCCGGGGGACGAGAGGCCCCGCUGGGACAACAAGCUGCAGUACUUUCUGAGCUGCCUGGGCUUUGCUGUGGGGCUGGGGAACGUCUGGCGCUUCCCCUACCUAUGCCAGACCCACGGGGGAGGCGCCUUCCUCAUCCCCUACCUGGUGGCUCUGGUCUUCGAGGGCAUCCCCCUGUUCCACAUUGAGCUCGCCAUUGGCCAGCGGCUGCGGAAGGGCAGCAUCGGGGUGUGGACGACCAUCUCCCCCUACCUUGGCGGAGUAGGGCUGGGCUGCUUUACCGUGUCCUUCCUGGUCAGCCUGUACUACAACACCAUCCUCGCAUGGGUGCUGUGGUAUCUCCUCAACUCCUUCCAGCACCCGCUGCCCUGGAGCUCCUGCCCACUGGACAGCAACAGCACAGGGUUCUUGGAGGAGUGCCAGGCCAGCAGUGCCGUCAGCUACUUCUGGUACCGACAGACACUGAACAUCUCGGCUGACAUCCACGACAGUGGCACCAUCCAGUGGCGAAUACUCAUCUGCUUGGCUGCUUGCUGGGCGGUCGUGUACCUGUGUGUCAUCAGAGGCAUCGAGACCACUGGGAAGGCCAUUUACUUCACAGCCUCGUUUCCCUACCUGGUCCUGACGGUCUUCCUCAUUCGAGGACUGACCCUGCCCGGUGCGACGGAAGGGCUGACUUACCUGUUCACUCCCAAAGUAGAAACUCUGCAGAACCCUCGCGUGUGGCUGGAUGCAGCCACCCAGAUCUUCUUCUCUCUGUCCCUGGCCUUUGGAGGACACAUCGCCUUUGCAAGCUACAACCCACCCAGGAAUGACUGCCAGAAGGACGCCGUGGCCAUCGCCCUGGUCAACAGCAUGACAUCCCUGUAUGCGUCCAUUGCCGUCUUCUCCAUCCUAGGCUUCAAGGCGACCAAUGACCACAGGCACUGCCUGGACAGAAACAUCCUCAGCCUCAUCAACGAGUUUGACCUCCCUGAGCAGAGCAUGUCCAGGGACGACUACACGGCCGUCCUCUCGCACCUGAAUGCCACCCAGCCAGAGAGGAUAGCGCAACUCGCCCUGAGGACCUGCCGCCUAGAAGACUUCCUGGACAAGAGCGCCUCGGGCCCAGGCCUGGCCUUCAUUGUCUUCACGGAGGCUGUCCUUCACAUGCCGGGCGCCCCUGGCUGGGCCGUGCUCUUUUUUGGUAUGCUGUUUACCCUGGGCCUGUCGUCCAUGUUCGGGAACAUGGAGGGGGUCAUCACGCCACUCCUGGACAUGGGGAUCCUGCCCCGAUGGGUGCCCAAGGAGGCCCUGACUGGGCUGGUCUGCCUGGUCUGCUUCCUGUCUGCCACCUGCUUCACGCUGCAGUCCGGAAACUACUGGCUGGAGAUUUUCGACAGUUUCGUCGCCUCCCUGAACCUGAUCAUCUUUGCCUUCUUUGAGGUCGUGGGUGUCAUCUACGUUUACGGGAUGAAACGGUUCUGCGACGACAUUGCGUGGAUGACCGGGAGGCGACCCGGCCUCUACUGGCGGGUGACCUGGAGGGUCAUCAGCCCCCUAAUGCUGCUGACUGUCAUCGUGGCCUAUAUCAGCCUCCUGGCCCGGAAGCCACCCACCUACAGGGCCUGGGACCCCCAACACGCGCAGUUCCCCUCGCGGCAGGAGAAGCUCUACUCAGGCUGGGUGUUGGCCACCUGCAUGCUGCUGUCCUCACUGCCCACGCUAUGGAUCCCGGGGGCCGCGCUAGCCCUGUUGCUCUCCCGGCAGGG